CGACUUGGCCAUUCUGACUGACGCCGCAGCGGGAGUUACCGGACUUACUCGCAGCAAUGAACAUGACAAUGCGCGUGGCAGUAGCGGCGGCGGUUGCCCUCAUCUGCGUGGCGGCAGCGGCAGCGGCCCCCGACGGGCGGGUGGGUCGCAAGCAGCAGCGACCCACCAGGGGCUUCAAGAACAUGGAGAUGAUGACAGCUAGGGGGUUCGGGAAGCGAGCGCGCACGGAACGCGACUUGGACCACCAAACUCAGUCUGAGCGCUCCAGCCGAGGCGUCCCCACAUUUAAGAGCCCCUCAAUCGGCAUAGCGCGAGACUUCGGAAAGAGGAUGGACGAAGAGGUUAGGGUGAGUCGGGGUACUUUCAACCCCCACUCGAACAUCCUCAUCGCGAGGGGUUUCGGCAAGAGGGAGGAUGAAGUCGGCAUGGACAACUUUUGGGAAAACCUGGAGAGCUCGCAGGAAAAAGACGGCCAGGACAGCGGAGAGAAAACUUUUGACAGCAUUCCCCUGGACUGGUUCGUGAACGAGGUGGUGAACAACCCCGACUUUGCCCGCUCCGUCAUCCGCAAGUUUGUGGACCUCAACCAGGACGGCAUGCUAUCUUCAGACGAACUGCUCAGAAACCUCUAAACCACUAGUUAAUCCAAAUUCCAAAUCGAUUAUUCGAAUAUAAUUAUUUUAUGUUAUCUUAUUGUACGGUACUGUGAUAUCGAUAUGUUUGAAAUGGCUUCAUUCUAUAUAGUCUAUGGUUCGCGAGUGUAUAUAAAAAAUAAGAAUUGUUGUCCAUAGAUUAAAUUAGGGCCUGAAUGACACUGUAAUAAUGGAUAAUUUCAUAGACUAAUAACUCAAGAAAACAUCAUAAACAUCUCUACAAAAUUCGACAUAAUCUAAAAAAAACUGUCUACAGAAGUGGACACUGCAGAAUGUUUCGAAAAACCCGUCUACGAAAUUAUCCGUUACACAAUAACUAACUGUUUUUUUAGCUUAAAGUAGAAUAGGUAUGUGUUGAUCGUCUUUUUUAUUUUACUGCCUUAUUGAAAUCAAUUUAAGAGACGAAAGACUUAAAGUAAUUAGAUUAUUUAUUUGUUUUUUCUGUGUUUAGAAGAAUUUAAGUGAGUUCUGUUCGUUUAGGCUGGGUUAUUAAAAUGUCAAUUUACCGACGUUAGAUUUCAAAACUCUACAUACAUACAUAAUUAAGAUAUAAUAUGUACUUAUAUGUAAUAGAUGCCCGAUUGUUUAAUUAGUCGAAUUGUUGGUCAUUGUCAAAGUGAA